UCCAUGACUGAGAUACAUGACUCUUUAACCUAGAAAGAAAUGACUCUAAUAAUCGUGUUGCAAACUAUCUUUUAUGUGUGCCCACUUCUCUUGUGCCUGCCUAAUAAUUAACAUCAGAUUUUAUCACACCUCCUGUGCUUUCUCUUUUUAGAUUUAAUGUUAAGUUCUUUUUAUCUUGAGGUUCACUUUUUGUUAUUCUGCCUGAUGUAUAAUUAGGUGACGCUGCAUGCUGUGCAACCUUCAACUGCUGCCACAACGCACCAGCCGGCUUAGUUUUUGGACAGCAAGCCAUGUUAUCAAGAUAAAUUACUACAGGGAAAUACAGGGUGGGUCUCUUUCAGUCUUUGACUACAUUCAGAGUUAAAAUCUGGCAUCACUGAACCACCCCUGAAGCCCCUUCCAAACCUCAAGUUCCACAGUUAACCCCGGAACCAUUAGGGACCGGACUCGGUCCAAAACGUCACACAGCAUUUUAUUUCUUUGUUUGGGCGCGUAAGGGGGAGGCGUUGCGGUCCAGCAGGGUCUACGGGUGGGCGGUCGUCCAUGAAACUGCCCAUGUCACUGGCGGCCAGGAAACACCUGCAGGUAGAAACUGGGGGACAGGCUCCAGCACGCGGGGCGAUGGAAGUUAGGACCCCGCCUCCUCUCUACUCGGCGGGCCCUUCACCUCUUUUGCCUCGGGGUCCCUGAGCCCCUCCCUGGUGGUCCUGUUUCCCCAGAAGAAAGAUUUGGCCCCCGCCCCUUGCAGUCCUCCCACUCCCGGCAGGUGUAGGCAAGGGGGCUCCGGGCAGAGCGCACGCCGCAGGCGACAGACCUAGCGGGCUCCGGCGGACGGACGCCGGAAGAAAGGGAUCCAGCGAAGUUGGGCGUCGGCUGGGCGCCCAAUUUUCUACCCACCCGCGCGGCUGAAGCCUCCCCCCGCCGCCACGCCCCCCAGGGAGCGGCUUUUCCGCGCAGAUAGGGGAGCGCGUCCGACUCCCGGCUCCGGCGGGGCACUGGGAGGCCGAGUGGCCCCGCCCCCUGCGCACACGUCAGCGCCGGCGUCGGGGAAGCGUCGUAAUACCCCGAAUAAGCGCGCCCAGCCAAAACCCGCUGCACCCCGCCGCAGAUGCCGACAGAGACAUUUGUGAUCAAGCCCACGGCGGCCCUUCCCGCAGUCUCGGGGCGAAGCGAAAGAGAACCUCUCCGUAGAUGUGUUCCAGGGGCGCUGGCGGCCGUGCCUACAGGUUUGUUGGAGAAGGACCCUCGAUUAGGCGAGGUGGCUGUGGCGCCUUCCGGCUCUCCCCGCCCCAGUCAUCCCUAAGGUUCCGCAGGUCCUGGAAGUGGCGAGUCCGUCAGCCCCACCCGGCGGCCAGCCUCUUUUCCCGGCCCGCCCGCGCCGGCCCGCCUGGCCCAACGGUCCGCUUCGGAGCCUUCGCGCACGGGAGAGGCGGCCCGAGCGGCGCCAGCGGGUGCGCGUCUAUCCGGAGGCGCGUGGUAGUGAUGGCGGCGCUCAGUGAGGCUUCUCUGUCACUGGAUACUACUACUCCCAGCCCUCCGCGAAGCCGCCCGAGCAGCCCCCGGGUCUCCCGUUUACAAGUAGCAAUUUGACUUGCUCUGCUGCAUGUUAAGAGGGACGGUGGAAAGUGUGCGGACGCCCCCGGGAUUCAGCGAACGCAGCUCCAAAAGGAAAAAAGGCAAACAAGUAAACAAAACCCACCCAUCCUGACAAACAUGAGGCUGCUGGAGAGACUGAGGAAAGAAUGGUUCAUGGUCGGGAUCGUGCUGGCGAUCGCCGGAGCGAAGCUGGAGCCGUCCAUCGGGGUGAACGGGGGACCACUGAAGCCAGAAAUAACUGUCUCCUACAUUGCUGUUGCAACAAUAUUCUUUAACAGUGGACUAUCAUUAAAAACAGAGGAGCUGACCAGUGCUUUGGUGCAUAUACGACUGCAUCUUUUCAUUCAGAUCUUUACGCUUGCAUUCUUCCCAGCAGCAAUAUGGCUUUUUCUUCAGCUUUUAUCAAUCACACCGAUCAAUGAAUGGCUUUUGAAAGGUUUGCAGACUGUAGGUUGCAUGCCUCCCCCUGUAUCUUCUGCAGUGAUUUUAACCAAGGCAGUCGGUGGAAAUGAGGCAGCAGCAAUAUUUAAUUCAGCCUUUGGAAGUUUUCUGGGCAUUGUUAUAACACCCCUGCUACUGCUGCUUUUUCUCGGCUCAUCCUCUUCGGUGCCUUUUACAUCUAUUUUUUCUCAGCUUUCUGUAACAGUUGUGGUUCCUCUCAUUAUUGGACAGAUUGUCCGAAGGUACAUCAAGGACUGGCUUGAAAGAACGAAGCCUCCUUUUGGUGCUAUCAGCAGCAGCGUGCUCCUCAUGAUCAUCUACACCACCUUCUGCGGCACGUUCUCCAACCCGAACAUUGACCUGGAUAAGUUCAGCCUUGUGGUCAUACUGUUCAUAAUAUUUUCUAUUCAGCUGGGCUUUAUGCUUCUAACCUUCAUCUUUUCAACAAGGGAUAAUUCCGGUUUCACACCAGCAGACACUGUGGCUAUCAUUUUCUGUUCUACACACAAAUCCCUCACUUUGGGAAUCCCGAUGCUGAAGAUCGUGUUCGCGGGCCACGAGCACCUCUCCUUGAUCUCCGUCCCUCUGCUCAUCUACCACCCGGUGCAGAUCCUCCUGGGCAGCGUGCUGGUGCCCACGAUAAAGUCGUGGAUGGUGUCGCGGCAGAAGGGAGUGAAGUUGAUGAGACCAAUCGUAUAGCGCUGGAGGUGCCCGGCCUGCGGCGAUGUACAUAUGUACAGGGUUGUGCACAGUCCUGAGACUCGUACUUGUGAAUGUUGCUUCAAUGCAUAUUUUAUUUUUUUACACACAGAAAAUGAUAUAACUGUUGAAGUGCCUUAAAAAUGUAUUUGACAAGAGCGUUGUUUCCAAAACCAACUUUGUUGGUUACUGCCAGGGGUGGUGCAGUAUUUUGGAGUUAUUUCUUUUCCUAACGCAGGGAACAGUCAUCGUAAGUGACAAAAGCCCCAGCUUUGUGCAUACAACUCUGUCAUGGUUACUGUACUGUUCGAAAGGAGGUCGUACCAUCAGAGAAAUGCCCUUCUGAAGACGGGGACUACUUCCAAAGUCUUACUCACAGUACUUUGAUUUACUGUGUGAUCUUCUACAACUGUGACAUGCCUCUUAUCAACUCCACAGGAGUCAUAGACUGAAAAGCAUAAUUUAUCUGCAUUCCUUGACAUCAUUUUUUUAGACAUUCCUUCAAAUAGUUUCCACACAGAAAUUCCUCUGUGCCAUGAUCAGAAAUUGUGAUAGUAUGUGUCUUAAAUUUACUAUAAGCUGCUUCAAAGAAAAGACCUGAUGGUUGAGUUAUGAGUCAAUUAAGUGACAUUUUGAGGAAAACUACAAGAUGUGGUUUUCAGGAUUUUCAAAAUCAUAGAUGUUUCAUUUUUCUUCCAAUUUAAUUUCUUUCCUAUUUUCCAACACACUCGCAAACUCAUAACAGCCAAAUGUGAGACACAAAAAUGUUAUCAGUUUGAGAGCAUCAGCGAUUAAUGAUGGACUAUAUUCACGUUCCACAAUUGAGAAAAACUUUUCCUGUUACAUAAAUGUGCUGAGCACAAAUCACCCCUGUUAGCCAGAAGCAGCCUGUUACAUCCUUGAAUUAAGCAUACUUACGGCAUUUGAGACAAGUUAUAAAUGAAAAUUUCCUUGGCAGACUUGACAAAUGAUUGCGACAUUUAAAAAAAUUUAAAUCAGAUUGCUGUUAUGAAUAAAUGGAAAUAUGAAGGUCAUAGAUGCAAACAGAUGUUACAGGUACACAUUCCUUCUACCCAAAUUAGAAAAAAAAAAUGGGCACAGAAAAUGCAAAACCAUUUAUUGGCCAAAUUAUUAAGUAAAAUUCAUUCCCAACUGGGCUUCAGCUUUCAAAACAGUGUUGAAUAUUUUCACACGCCUCUGCGAGUGAAGAGCAUUCAGUGGACCCAAAGAGAGAAUAGAGCAAUAUAUAAAGUCAGGGGAACACUCUGCUUCCCGCACAUCCUCUGUGACAUCCUCCCCAUGUGUCUUUCUUGAUUUGACAGACAAGAUCGGCGCCUGGGUCACACCGGGGCCACACUGUCCUCGGCAGCUGUCUUGUUGUUUUGUCAACAAAAGAAAAACCAUUCCUUAGAAACCUAUCAAGUUUAUCAAUAGUGUGACUUUGUAUUCUUGUUACUACCAGGUCUCAUCUCCUGUGGGCUUCUGACUCAUUUCAACAUCACUGGAUUUCACAAAUUUCAGAACAGUUAUCCUCAGUGUCCAUUUUAAAGCCAGUGCCAGACCUUGCAUAAAACUAUGCUAAAUGGGCUAUUUGUCAAGAAUUUUCAUUGUCGAGACUUUUGCUUGUAAUUUUGUUUGAUACUUUGGAUGCUUACAAAUGGAGCUCAGAAAGGUUUUUGUGUUCUGUUCCUAUAAACUUCUUUAAAGUUCAGAGUAAAUGAAAUUGAGUUACAAUAAAAGCUAGCAUUAGAAUACUGUUUUUCCCCCCAACUUAUCUACCUCUCUUGUCAAACACCUAUAGUAGGUGUGUGAUUAUGGGAUAAAAAAUAUUCAACUGAAAAUACUAUAACAUCUUUUGCUUUUUAAAAAAAAGUCUUUUUUUUAAAUAAUCUACAUGGUGAAUUUUGGUGGCUUUAGUGAUAUGUUUAUGCCUAUUUUUUUUACACAAAUGCUGUGGCAUAUUUUUCCAUAAAGGAAAAACAGAAUUAAAAUUUAUUUUUAAUUCAUGUUUAUUGGGAUUUAAUUAUUCAUGUCUGAAAAUACUUUAUGUUUAUGUACUGUCAAGCUAUCGAUCUAUGCAUUUGUUUUGUCUAAGUGUAUUUAUGAAAGAAAUAAUUAGAUUAUAUUUAUGUUUACCCAUUUUUCCACCUGGAUUUUUUUAAUGGCUGUUAUGAAAUUUGAUUAUUUUAGUUGGUGAUAAUGUUCAUCUAUUCAUAUGUUCUUUUCUAAGUUUUAAAUUCUUUGUGGGUUUUUUCAAGUUCUUUCCUAUUCUGUUUGAAAUUAACACACCUCUGGCUAAUGUUCAGUGUUUGUUUAUGCUAAAUACCAAAUUUUUUCAAAAGGAUUGGUAAAAUAAUGAAGUGGAUUAUUUAUGAUGAAUGGAAGAUGAAAAGGAUUCUAUGAUUAAACAAAGAAAUGUUUUAGAAAUCA